AUGGUGGCCUUUCUCUCACGCCUCAACCCGACACCGGCCUUUCCGGAAUACCCUGGGCCUCAUACCGUCGGUACUGUCGAUGUCGAGAUCCCAGCCGCCGACCUGCCAUCCACCACCGCAACUCCCGCCGAUGCUGCUCCUACCGUAUCCUUCCGCAUAUUCUACCCAUGCCAGGAUCAAAAACAGAGCGCGAGGCCUGUGAGAUGGAUCCCCUCGCCACAACGACCAAAUCUUUCUGCCUUUGCCCGUCUUCUUGGUGCCGGUUCUCGUGCUUCCGACUUCUUCUCCUACUUUCCCACUAUUCUCUACUACAUCACGAUACCCGCCCAGCGCAAUGCUCCGCUCCUCGAUCCACCUACUACGAACAAGAGAUGGCCCGUCAUGAUCUUCUCCCACGGCCUCGCAGGUAACCGCAAUCUAUACUCGCAUGUUUGCGGAUCAAUGGCUUCUUACGGUGUUGUCGUCAUUGCCAUGGAUCAUAGAGACGGCAGUUCACCUGUUCAAUACAUCCGUGCAACCUCGGACACUCCAAGCAAGAUUGUCGAUGAAAUCAAGAUUUCGCACACGCCAUCCNNCCCUGAAGUUUACGCUGCAAGAGACAAACAACUGCGAAUUCGAUGCUACGAGACCUCUUUGAUCCAUGCGGCACUGCUCAAAAUCGACCAAGGCGAGAAGGUCAACAACUUGGACGAUAACAUUGCACAAACCAAGAAGGAGCGGGUCGACGUCUUAUCGAGAUUUGCAGGACAACUCGACGUGCAUACACCUGGCAAGAUUACCUUCGCCGGCCAUAGUUUCGGUGCCUGCACGACUGUUCAAUUCCUCAAAUCUGUCUUCUACGCAAAAGAACGUCCUCAAAACGCCCACUCUCCUCUUAUUGUCCCGACAGACUCUGCCUUGACUCGCCAGGUUACUCCCGCUUCUCCCGUACUAUUGCUCGAUCUCUGGACCCUACCACUUCGCAGUCCAAGCCAGUCCUGGCUCCGAGAACGCUCUCUGCCGUCAUAUACCGACUCUUCAAUUGGUGGCAAGAACAUCCUCAGCGUCAUGUCACAAGCUUUCUUCAAAUGGACUGGCAAUUUCAACGACGUCCGACGAGCCAUCGCACCACCCAGAAAUUUCUCCGGACCGAAUCCGCAUCUCUUCUAUCCAGCUACGAGCCAACACUUCUCCCAAUCCGAUUUCGGCGUGCUAUUCCCCUUCCUCACCAGCAAGUUGCUCAAGACUGAAAACCCAGAAAGAUUGUUGUUGUUGAACACACGUGCCAUGCUACAAGUUCUCAGGGACAUGAACAUUGAGGUUGCUGAUGUCGGCGAAAAGAACCUCGAGGGCGAAAAGGAGGAGACGAUUUUGAAACCCAGUAGUACUGGGCAAGAAACUGUCAAGGGCUGGGUCAGAGUUGCUGUUUCGGAUGCCGAUAGCAACGACUCCGGCAUCUCUAUUGAACAGGACAAGAAGCAGAAGCCUGCCGAUGACAGCGAAGGCAUGGAGAUGUGA